AUGACAUAUGUUGAUCUUGAACAUCUUCAUGGAACCUUAACGACGGAUACGACACAUGUUUUAACUAUAGCACAAAUUUAUCAUUUGAAAAUUACAGAAGAAAACGUCUAUGUUGGUGCAUUAAUUGAAGCUGUAAGUUUAUUACCAGAAUUUACGACAUUAAAAAUUCAUUCUUUAUCAUUACAUAAAUCAAUACUGUUAAAUUCUGAAGAAGUGAUUACUCACUUUUCAAUGAAUGAAAUUGAAGAAAUUUCUUUUUUUUUGAACGUAUGCCCUUAUCUGGAAUAUCUCAAAAUGGAUUAUAUAAAACAAAUGGAUUUGAAAUUUGUUCUGCAAUAUAUUUUGGAAAAAAUAAAACAUGAUUGUAAUGAAUAUCUUCAUUUAUUGUGUUUUCGUGUUCCAACAGCAGAUAAUGAAACGAUUGAAAAAUUAAAAAGAAUGAUUAAUUUUGAAAAACUUCUAUGGAAUUAUACAAUUAAACAUGUAGCUGAUAAUCUAUAUCUAGAAUGGCAAUGA